AUUGGAUUGCAAAUUGGGAUUGGAAUGCAAGCCAUCAUACACAGGUGUACUCCAGGACCAAAUUUGAGAACCACAGCUGUUGGCAAUAACUAACUCAGAUGGCUAUGGUGGGUAAGCAAGUUUUUAGGUUUCUGUUCCAAAAGCAAACUAUUGAACUUUGCUCCGAGAGAUGAGGCAAAUUAAACCAUACAACUAUAAAAACUACAAAUUCGAGCACGCCCUUUCAAUUCACGUUUGACGCUUCUUUAUCGGUUGUCGGCGCGGACAUAUGACGUUUUCGGCGGAGGGAUCGAAGCUUCAGGACAGAGAAGAGAAGCAGAGAUAGAGAAAUUGCUGCGGAUAGAAAGUACGGGGACCUGGGAACAUUUCAAACGAUCUGCUUUUGUGCGGACAAAUGAAAAAUAACUAAGGCUAUAGAAGUAAAGUGGCUGAAUAACUGACAGGGGAGAUUAGUUUUAUUCUGAAGAAGAGUAAAAAAUGUCGUCUCCGAGUCCGGGUAAAAGGCGAAUGGAUACCGACGUGGUGAAACUAAUCGAGAGCAAACACGAAGUCACAAUCCUGAGUGGACUCAACGAAUUUGUAGUAAAGUUUUACGGACCACAAGAAACUCCGUACGAAGGGGGCGUUUGGAAGGUGCGGGUAGACCUACCGGACAAAUACCCUUUCAAAUCUCCGUCUAUAGGAUUCAUGAAUAAAAUUUUUCAUCCCAACAUUGACGAAGCGUCAGGAACGGUGUGCCUCGAUGUGAUCAACCAGACGUGGACGGCGUUGUACGAUCUUACCAAUAUUUUCGAGUCGUUCCUGCCCCAGCUGCUGGCGUACCCGAACCCCAUCGACCCCCUGAACGGAGACGCGGCGGCCAUGUACCUCCACCGGCCCGAGGAGUACAAGCAGAAGAUUAAAGAGUACAUCCAGAAAUAUGCAACAGAGGAGGCGCUGAAGGAGCAGGAGGAGGGCGCGGGAGACUCCUCCUCCGAGAGCUCCAUGUCGGAUUUUUCGGAAGACGAGGCUCAGGAUAUGGAGUUGUAGUGAAACGAGGAGCCCUUAACCAGAGACUAUACCAUUUCCUAACCACGAAGAGGACUAUAAUAUUCAUAUUUAAACAAGCCGAUUUUUUUAUUACUAAAAAAAAAAAAAAAGAAAAGAAAAAGGAUUUUUAUGGAUAUAGCGUUGGUGUGUAAUCUCAUCUCUCCUGUCCUGUAUGACCGUAUCCAGUUCUCUGCCCAGGACCCAUUUCCACAUUCCACUCACGGUAGCAGUUGUAGCCCAGGUGCAUGCGAUUGCUCCCCCUGGUCUGGGCCCACUUGUGACUGGACCCUGCGACAAAAUGGAGGCUUUUGUUCGCAGGGCCGAGGAGACGCACGUCAGUUGUCUUCGUGCCUAGCGCACCCAAGGAAGAUUGAGGAUUUUACUGGCAGGCCUGAAGUUCCCCCUCCCAGUUUAGCCAUUCACACGGCUUGGAUUUGAGACACUUGUGUGGCAGGUUCACUGCUUUUUACUAUAAUGCACUUGGCUAUUGUUUUCUUCUCAUAUUUUAACUGCUGUUAGUGGGUCUUGGUCUUGAAUUUCAUGACAUGACGGCCGGUUUCAACGUUAUCCGGAAGAGCAGAGGGAACUCUAAUGCUUCUCACCCCUUCUGCCUUCCGGAGAACGGAGCUGAAAUCUGGCCACAGUUACUUUGGGUUCACCUACCUGCACACCUUUUAGUUAGUUUCAUUUGAGCCUUAUCAAUCAUGCAAGUUUGAUCAAAACAUCAAUACCGGCAGCUAUCAUCAACUGCUGCUGUAGCCAGUGAAAUAAGUAAAAACAUGAAACGCCCCUUUCCCCUGCCCUCCCAUGGAAGUAAAUGAAUUUAAAUGAAAACGUAUAUAAUAAUUUCAAAUAAUAUGCCACUUGAUAGCAGAGAGAGUGUAUUUUUGAUGGUACACACACCUGGCACCGCACGCUGCCACCUAAUAUUGUGGGUGUUGUUUUUUUGGGGUUUGCGUGCCCUCUUGAGACAGGGUGUAAUAUGCAGUGCACUGGGUAAGUCCCCCUCCAUUUUAGCUCGUGACAUUUCCCCUUUAAAUACUGGAGAGGAGCAGCCAUACAAAAUGGACGCCAGCGCCCUAUGGCUUCCGCUGGGUUUGGAAAACUGAGGAAGGGUCGACAGGCUCCUGGGGGUGUAGAGCAGACAUUUAACACGGUGUUCAGGCGAUCAGGACCGGGAAGAGCCCCCGUCGUGCCAUGCCACUGACACACGCACGCCAAGUCGGCCCUCAUUCUGCCAGUUUUCUUUGCCUCUACCAUUUAACACCGAGUACUUCUUUAGACAUUUUCCUACACUGCAGUUCAUACAGGAGUGGCGUGGCGGUUUGAUGCAAACUGAGGAACUCACACUUGCCUCUCUGAAGGCUUUCCGUUGGAAGGCUGUUGUCGCAGAUGUGAAGCGUUUGUUUACUUGGUUGCUCCUCAUUCACCGGUGGGAGUACAGGCCCUAACUAAAUCGAACGCAUCAAACUCGCCUCUAGCUUAUGCUACACUGGAAUAAGUGUUAAGCUUUUGUAGGUGUAGCUACAUGUACUGGCUGGUGAAUACAACUAAAAACACUGUACAGAUGGCUGUUGUGAGCUAAUAUUGUGCAAAAGGUAACUUCAUUAGGUUUGAGUUAAUAUAUUCUGUGAUUUCCAAAAACAAAUGUAUCCAAAGACUCUGAAGGAUGCCCCAUGUGUGUUCCCUCAUGCAAAAAUACUCACGGGAUGUACAGAUGACGUCUGAUUUCAUGCAAAGUACUGCUAUUAUAGCGGACACGGAUUAACAUAUCAGUUUGCUCGAUGUAUACCCUAGUCCGAGACUAAAUUACAUUUUGGAUGAAGUUAAAUGCAGAUUAAGCCUGGUCUUUGUCUGUGAAACCGGGCCGAAGAGUUUAGAAUUGGAUUGCGUUUGAGUGCUGAAGCCUGAAGUUAAACCCGGCCCAUUUGGUCUCUGGCAACUGGGGUAAAAGCAACAUUUCUCUAGUAUUUUCCAAAGCCUGACAGUUAAAAGCAACGGGAUUUUCCGAACGGGUCUGGACUGAGGUGAGAGCGAGGUUUAAAUUAGGCCGCUCCGCACUCCUACCUUACACCCCAGCGAGAGCAUGCAGACCCAAAAAAGCGCUCUGGGGAGAGCUGGAUGUGCUUUGCUCAUCAGCAUAGGCCUGCACUGGACCUCAAACUUUGCGAGUGGCAUAGGGUUGAUCAGACCGUGGAUGGACACCCAAGUUAAACAAUUCACAGGGGGGCUCAUGCAGACUGCACCAUAGAAGAAGAGUAAACUUGAACUUUUUCUUCAUUUUUUAAAAAGUAUUCUGGCAGGUUUUCUUUUCCCCCCCCCCCUUAAGAUUUAUACCGUAUUGUAUUCUGUGAAAAGACAAAAAAAAAGAAAGAAAAAGGAAAUGUGAUGUUGUGCAUGUUUAAUUAGGAAGCCUUUUGGUGCGAUCAGGGGGGCGGCCUGACACUCCGGCCCUCCAGGGGGAGCUGUGGAGCCAGGACCUGGAGUGAUCGGUGUUGUUCUCAGUCCUCAGUGUCAGCAGAGACUGGCUCUUAAGCGCACCCGGCUGUGGAAGUCAUUAGGCAGUCAGUUUGGUAACAGAGGGCGGAAAAAAUGUGUCAUUAACGCUGGGUUUUUCCUUAUUUUAAUUUCUGUACCCCACCCGAAACCAAGUUUUAUUAAUUUCUUUUUAAAAGAAAAUUGACAGGAGGGAUACUUACAUGCCUGCCACUGUAUAUUAAAUAAAGAACUUGAGACGAUAUCUGUUGUUCCAGGAUUGACUCCAGAUUUACAGCGUAGCUUUGUGCUCAUGUCCACACCAAGUAUUAUUUGCAACAAUAUCUCCCCGCCAUGAACACACACACACACACACACACACACACACACACAGCACAGCUGUAUAAGGCUGUGUCUUUUCUUCGGGCAGUGGGAAGACAAACUGUGGGAACCCCUUUGUGACUAGGCCUCAGUGGUCAGUGCAUGGGUCUGGUGUGGAGAGUGCAUUCACUCCUGUAUUUCUGAAUGGCUUCUUGGCCAUGAAGCUGCUAACACUAUCUGUUAGGGGUGGGUGCAGUAUGCAUAACAGCCAUUUUCUUUUCUGUGUUGUUGCUGAUACCGUCUUGGUACCUACUGAGUGAUACUUGAAGAGUCAAAAAGGGCGUUAAUCCGUCCACAUUUUAACAAAUUCUCAUCUUCCCCAAAUUUUCCUUUUCUUUCAAUUUAAUUGCAUUGUGAUUUUUUUUUGUAGUGGGCAUACUGGUCACACAUGACAUGCCUUCUAUCCACAGGAGUAUAUCCUCUUAAAUAGUUCUGUAUAAAUUAACUGUAAUAACUUCCUUUUUUUAAUAAAAGUAUUAAAUGUCUACAAA